AUGGCAGUAUCUCCAGUUUAUAUUGUAGCGACUGCCCGUACUCCAAUCGGCUCAUUCCAAGGUGCUUUAUCAUCAUUAAGUUAUUCAGAUUUAGGAGCUCAUGCUGUAAGAUCAGCUUUAACAAAAGUUCCACAAAUUAAACCAGAAGAAGUAGAAGAAAUUGUUUUUGGUGGUGUUUUACAAGCAAAUGUUGGUCAAGCCCCUGCAAGACAAGUUGCAUUGAAAGCAGGUUUAAGUGAUAAAACCGUUGCCACUACUAUUAAUAAAGUUUGUGCUUCAGGUAUGAAAGCUACAAUCAUUGGAGCUCAAAAUAUUAUUUGUGGGACCAGUGAUAUUGUUGUUGUUGGUGGUGCAGAAUCCAUGUCAAAUACUCCAUAUUAUUUACCAUCAGGUAGAUCGGGUGCAAGAUACGGUGAUGCUACUGUGGUUGAUGGUAUACAAAAAGAUGGUUUAUUAGAUGUUUAUAGUUCGAAAUUAAUGGGUGUUGCAGCCGAAAAAUGUGCUAGCGAUCAAUCAAUAUCAAGAGAUCAACAAGAUGAAUUUGCUAUCAAUUCUUAUAAAAAAGCUGGUGAAGCGGCAUCAAAGGGUAAAUUUGAUAACGAAAUCAGUCCAAUCACCGUGAAAGGUACUAGAGGUAAACCGGAUGUUACAAUUAAUCAGGAUGAAGAAAUCAAAAAUUUUAAUGAAGGUAAAGUUAGAUCAGCUAGAACUGUUUUCCAAAAGGAAAAUGGUACAGUAACUGCUUCAAACGCCUCAAAUUUAAAUGAUGGUGCUGCCGCAUUAGUUUUAGUGUCGGAAUCUAAAUUGAAAGAAUUAGGUUUGAAACCAUUAGCUAAAAUUGUUGGUUGGGGUGAAGCUGCAAGAGAACCAAUUGACUUUACAAUUGCCCCAGUUUUAGCUGUACCAAAAGCUUUGAAACACGCUAAGAUUUCACAAGAUAAUGUUGAUUUCUUUGAAUUUAACGAAGCAUUUUCAGUUGUUGGGGUUGCCAAUACUAAACUUUUGGGUAUUCCUGAAGAAAAAGUUAAUGUAUAUGGUGGAGCUGUCGCAUUGGGACAUCCAUUAGGAUGCUCGGGUGCCAGAGUUGUAAUUACCUUAUUGUCAGUGUUGAGUCAAGAAGGUGGUAAAGUUGGUUGUGCUGCUAUUUGUAAUGGUGGAGGUGGAGCAUCAUCAAUUAUUAUUGAAAAAAUUGACCAUGAAACUAAAUUAUAA